CUGUUGUGUGCACUAUCCGGUGCUUUGACCCUACUCUCUCCAGACCAGAGCCAGUUGCAGCAGAUCGGGAAGCAUGAGUUCAUCUGGUUGAGGAGAGCACAGGAUUUCAAGGGCUGAGUGACUUUGUAACCUUGUGUUGUACUCUCACACCCGACAGGAUCACUUCAUCCUCUCUACCAACUGCCAUUUUUCACGCAAACUCUCUUUGCUCAAGUGUUUUUGAGCAGACCCAAUUAUUCUCAGGAUAUAGUUUGUUUUUUAAUCUCUCACUAUGGCAUGUAAGAAAAGUACAGCAAAACGUAAGCAUGUUACACUUACAAUAUCAGAAAAGGUUGAAAUCAUAAAUAAACUAGAUCAAGGUUCUUCAGUAAAAAUGUUGUGUGAGGCAUAUGGUGUGGGAAUCACAACAAUUUAUGACAUCAAGAAGCAACGUGAAAAGCUAUUUAAAUUCUGUGCUGAAAGUGACACAGUUCAAGGAAUUAGUGAGCGUAAAACACUGCAUCGUGCUAAGUCUGCUGACCAUGAUGAUGCCCUGUAUAAAUGGUUCAGACAACGUCGUAGUAAGGGGCUCCCUAUUUCGGGGACAAUGCUUAUGGAAAAGGCCAAACAAUUUCAUAAUGAUAUGAAGAUUAAUUCUGUGUGCGAGUACUCUCAAGGUUGGUUGCAGAGGUUUAAACAUAGGCAUGGAAUUCACCUUAAAGAGACCAGUGAAAAGAGCUCUGCAAAUACAGAGGCUGUCAAAUGUUACAUAACUGAAUUUGCAAAGUUGAUGAAAGAUGAGGAUCUUAGCCCUGAACAAAUAUAUAAUGUGGAUGAGACAGAUGUUUUCUGGAGAUGCUUGCCACGACACAGGCCUGUUGGUCCAGAGGAAAUGAUGGUACAUGAUUACAAAGAAUCAACAGAAAGACUAACUGUGCUUGCAUGCACAAAUGCUGCUGGAACACAUAAAUGUAAACUUUUGGUUGUUGGUAAAAGUCCUAAGCCUCGUGUUUUCAAAGGGAUGAAAAUUAUGCCGGUGCUUUAUGAAGCUAAUAAAUGUUCGUGUGUUACCGAGGAAAUAUUGAGUGACUGGUUCCAUAAUCAUUUUGUUCCAGAGGCUCGUACACACUGUCAAAAGGUUGGGUUGGCUGCAGAUUGCAAAAUUGUUCUUCUUUUAGACAACUGCACACCUCAUCCGCCUAGAGAGCAAUUAGAUGCUGACAAUGUCUUCCCUACCUAUCUACCCACUAGUUGUACAUCUUUAAUUCAGCCAAUGGACCAAGGAGUUAUCAGGUCAAUGAAAAGUCACUACAGGAAGAGUUUUUUACGUCGUCUUGUGAGCAGCUACAAUACUGGUGGCAUUGAUGCCUUUAAGACUGCCCUCAGUCUCAAAGAUGCUAUAUGGUGUUUGACAAAUGCAUGGGACAGUGUAACGAGGAGAACCUUACAAAAUGCAUGGCGUAAGUUGUGUCCUGAAAUUAUAUUGAAUGACGAGGACAUGGGGGAAAGCUCUGACGCCUUUAGUUUAAGUGAAACCAAGGCAAUGGUGACUGACCUCUUGUGUUGUACCAAGCAAAUGGGAAGUGACUUGGAUGAGGAAGACAUUUUGGCGUGGUUAAAUGGUGAAGAUAAUACUUCAGUUGUACAACAAGUAACAGAUUCAGAGAUAAUUGAGGGCGUUUUACACUACAAGUCUGAGGAUAGUGACAACAGCGAUGAAGAAGACAAUGUUACUGGGGAUAAGAUUACCUUGGAAGAGGGAAUCAGUCUAGCUUCCCGCUUCAUUCGUUUUCUUGAGCAACAAAGUUUUGUAAGCCAGCAAGAUGUAAUGCACAUACACAGGAUCCAAGAGAAGUUGAUAAAUGAGCAGCCAAAACACAUGAAACAAAUGAGGUUGCAGCAAAUGUUUGAUGAAGUUGGAAAAUCCUUUGCGCACACACCAUUAGCAUCACUGAGCUCGAUCCCGUCAACCAGUGGACUCGAUGACACAAAGGACCCAGAGUUGACUGCUUUUGCCAUCAAUUAUCAUCCACUCUCUCCUACACCUCUUCUAAAUAUUGGUGAAAUAAAGCAAUGUAUGGAAUAACUUGUUCCCUUUAAGUCAUCAUCAACAUUUUGAUAAAGUACUUUGAAACUGGACGCAUGAAUAAUCAUAUUUGAAUAAGUAAAAUAACAUUUAUAAAGUAAUAACAGAAUUGAUCAGUAUUUUAUGUUUCAUGAAAAUUUUUAUAUCCAUGAUGUUUUCCAAUUCUAUUACUUUUGAUUCAGAAUUCUAAUAUCCAUUAUCCAGAAAUGGCUUGGUCCCAAACAUUGUAGACUCGAAAGGUUGCAGUAUGGC